GACCCGGAAGCGGGGGUUACGGCUGUUGCCUUCCUGGCUUGGGAGGAACGGAGUUGAAGUUGCGCUUUGCGGCCGCGCUCGGCUGAGGCUCCGCCGGCGGCGGUCACCGCAGGACGAUGAGGCGGGCAGAGAUGAAGCACGGAAAAUCGUCACAUCCAAAGGAUUUACUUGGAGUAGAAGAUCACUGACUACGACAAUGGAAAAAUCACGGAUGCUUUGGACCUUUGUUGAAAGAUGGCUGCUAGCUUUGGCUUCCUGGUCUUGGGGUCUCUGCCGUAUUUCUCUUUUACCUUUGAUAGUAACUUUCCACUUGUAUGGAGGCAUCAUACUACUCUUACUAAUAUUUGUGUCAAUAGCAGGUAUACUAUAUAAAUUCCAGGAUAUGCUGCUUUACUUUCCUGAACAGCCCUCUUCAUCACGCCUUUAUGUUCCUAUGCCUACUGGUAUACCACAUGAAAAUAUCUUCAUCAAAACCAAAGAUGGAGUUCUUCUCAAUCUUAUUCUGCUGAGAUACACGGGGGACAAUGCAGCAUAUUCUCCAACCAUCAUUUACUUUCAUGGGAAUGCAGGCAACAUUGGCCACAGGUUGCCAAAUGCUUUGUUAAUGCUAGUAAACUUGAAAGUAAACUUAAUCCUAGUUGAUUAUAGAGGGUAUGGAAAAAGUGAAGGAGAAGCAAGUGAAGAAGGCUUGUACAUAGAUUCUGAGGCUGUAUUAGACUAUGUGAUGACUCGGUCUGAUCUUGAUAAAACAAAAAUUUUUCUCUUUGGCCGUUCCUUAGGGGGAGCAGUAGCUAUUCAUUUAGCAUCUGAAAAUUCCCAUAGGAUUUCUGCCAUCAUGGUUGAGAACACCUUUCUUAGCAUCCCACACAUGGCCAGCACUUUGUUUUCUUUCUUUCCAAUGAGAUACCUUCCUUUAUGGUGCUACAAAAAUAAGUUUCUGUCCUACAGAAAAAUCUCUCAGUGCAGAAUGCCUUCACUCUUCAUCUCUGGGUUGUCUGACCAAUUAAUUCCACCAGUUAUGAUGAAGCAACUUUAUGAAUUAUCCCCAGCUCGGACUAAGAGAUUGGCAAUUUUUCCUGAUGGAACUCAUAAUGACACUUGGCAGUGCCAGGGAUAUUUCACUGCACUCGAACAGUUCAUCAAAGAAGUAAUAAAGAGUCAUUCCUCUGAAGAAAUGGCAAAAACAUCAUCUAAUGUAACAAUAAUAUAACUGAUAUUCUUCUUUGGUGUAGGAGUAUACCUGCACUGUAUCUUGGUUUGUGAGAAGUGGUAAAAGAAUGCCCAUUUUUAAAUGUAUGUCAUGUCUGUACUUGCCUGAAGAGUGAAAUUAAACUUUGAAAGGUCUGAUGCUUUAUUAAGAUGUUCCACAUAAUUUUUACAUUUACAGCAUUGUAAAUGAACCAUUUUAUGUCUUUCUCAUACUUUUUUGAUAUCUGUCCAAAUAUUCCAUUUGUUUGAUAUGUACAACAGUUGCUAUUAAAAGGAAAAAAAAAAAAAAACUUGCUACAAGAAUAGUACAGAACACAUUAGUUUAGAACAAUGGGAGGCUUCACUGCUGUAUGUGUGAGCUUUUAUGGACAGUCAUGGUUAGCUCAAAUGAUUUGUUGUUUCUCGUAGAGUUUAUUUAAAUUGUGCCAUGCAUGAGAUAGUUUUAUUCCUUGAAAUUUUAUAUUCUGCAAGGUGGGAAGUCUUUUAAUGUGCUAAAUAAUAUACAAUAACAUUAAUGAUAGUGUAUACUUACAGGUAUACCAUCCUUGAUUAUGACAUUUUUUUAAAAAUGGUUAUGCAUACAUAUAUAUAUUUCAAACUGCAACUGAAGAGGAAAAGACAUUUUCCCUGAUUUCAAUUUACUGUUUGUAUUAUAGUAUUGCCUAUAAAGUUGUAUGUGGCUGAACAUGAUGGCUGAUGGAUUUUGCCCAGGCAAAUUCUUCAUAAAAGAUAACGGUAACACCUAAAAAAGAGUGCAGCAUGAUUUCUAAAGGCCUUGUCCCGGCCGAGGUCUCUCGUCACUAGCUUACAGACAAACUGUUGAUGUUGUCAGCCCAUAUGCCUGAGGUAGGAUUUCCUAGGGCAGAGUGGUCAGUGUGAUGGAAGGGAGCAUCACACGAGUUAAAAGUAUCUAUUUGUGUUUGGUUUUAAAUGUCUGUGCCCUUUGUUUCUUUUGGAGAUAUAAAUAAAUACCAAUGGUUACAGUUAGGGAGUAACAUAGACUGACGUUACAGUAAGGGUAAUAAAAAUGAGCAGUACGUUAACAGGUAUAAGAUUAGUUAGAGAACAUUAACUCUCUUUUGCUUAUAAAACAAUUUUUAUUUUUAUUUUUACACUUCUGUCACAUGGUGUGAAAGUAGCCUAUGCAUUGGCAGUAGAAUUGAGUUUUCUUUAGUUAUACUGAAAUUGUUUAGGAUCAUAUCUCACUGUAUCAGAGCCAGCAGUACUCUGAGUGAGCCUGAUUCUGACUGAAUGUUGGGUUUUGGCUUUAUCCAAGUAAUCUUUCCAAAGUUGUAUGGUAUUAGUUCAGUUUAACAGGGUGUGUUGUGUAGACUGUUCUACAGAUUGAACUGCUCAUCUGCUGCAGCUGAGAGUGCCUCUUCGAGACAUUUUUAUGGGAAGAGCUGUGGAAAAAUCUUCCACCAAACCUGUACAAUUGCCCUUCAAGUUGAAAUUUUUAAAUAAAAUUAUUUUUUCACCAUGAUGCUGUGAUUCAGAAAAGCAUCACGAUAUUUUAAGCUUGAGCAUAAGUUCUUUUGUUGAAUAAAACUACUUUGCUGAACUAGUGCUUCAGUAGUUAUGCCUCCAAUUUUUUACAUGGAAUUAGUUAUUACAUGGACAUGCAUGUUGUCAAGAUUACAGAUAGUGAUACUUGUUUUAUUAUAAACACUUCAAUAUCAUUUUUUCUAUUUUUUUCUUUUUUAAACAAGCAUACAUACCAGAAUUUGCUUCUAACUCUGGUAAGUAUAUUUUGUGAUCCUAUUACUAAGAUCUGUUCAGAAACGGUUGAAAAAGGUAUAGACACUUUUGAACCUAAAGACUUAAAAUCAUUGUAGACAAAGUAUAGCUUAGAAACUGACAAACCAUCUCCUCAAAUGUACAAUGGUCAUUUUUUUUUUUUUUUCAGAGAUUUUUGGGAGAAAAGAUUUUGGUGCCAUUUGGUUUGGGAGGACUGAGGAGGUGUUUGUAUAGCAAAAGAGUUUGUGGACAUAGCAUUCCCUUUUUUGAUGUUUUAAAAAACAGUGCUGGUUCUUCUGUCACCUGUGAUAAAUUGCUUCAGUUAUUUCAUAAUACUCUUGAAUUAAGGUGGGGGAUAAGGGAGAAAGAAAAAUAAGUGGGUGUGUAGUGCUUUUUCUGAAAACAAAUGAUAAAGCCAAAAGAAAAAAAGAUUACUUGAAGACUGAAUGCAGAUAAAUAGUUGUUUCAAAUGUUGUCGUGGCUUGUCAUUAAACACUAUUGUAUUUUUCAUUAAAUGUGAAUUUCCUAAGUAAUGGAAGAUUCUACUCCACUUUGCACAGAUCAAAUAGGCAGACAAAAACAACAACCCAGGACAUGUCCAGGACCCUUCCAGCCUUUUGGAUUAUGUGGCAUUUCCAUACAAAUGAAGUAUUAGCGUUUCGGCCCACAGUUAAGUCAACAUCAAAUAUGUGGCCUUGGAUUAUGGUAAUCAGGAGCUGUUCAUAGUGCACUGUAUUUAAACCUUACUUUUUAUUAUCAAGCCAUAUCUUUUCACCAUAGUGUCUGCAGGACAUAAAGAUACCUGGUUUUAGAAAUACCGAGUAUGAGAAAAUGCAAUCAUCAUAUGUGCAUACUUAAUGUAUUUUCUUCCACCUUCCACAUAAGGCAGAAGGAAAAAUGGGCUUAAUACACUAGACACAUCCACAUAUAGAUGAAUGCCUAUUAUCAUUCUGUUUUUCAUUGCAUUGGCUAUGAAAACCACUGAAAGAAAACCAGAAGAAAGUAGUUAUGCAAAUAUUCAAAUGCUGUAAAUAUGAUCUGAGGGAAAAGAGGAAAGAAACUUGUAGCUUGACGAGACAGGACUUGCUUUGUUUUGUGGUCUGUAUGAUGGCAACUCAUGGUUGUCUGCUGCUGAAAGCCAUUUUCAGACAGUACGUUGCAAGAAUCAUAGUAAUAAUUUCAAAUUGCCAAAAAUUCUUAUGAUACUAUUGCAUUUAUUGCACUUAAUACCAUUAUAUGUUUUCCCAUACCAGUUCUCCAUUUGUGUAUAGAUGUUUCUCGAGUGAUUGUUGUAUGUAUAUAUAUGUUUCUAAUUUGAGAAGAGGAAGUUGAUUUAUUUUCACAGAUUUGUAAGAAAGCCUUUCAUGUUGAAUAUGUUCAUUAAAGGAAUUGUCCCUUUUAUAAGAGGAACUUUGUUUAAAAAAAAAAAAAGAAAAGAAAAGAAAAAAAAAAAGUCCAGGGAUGGAGGAGGAAUGGUAGAGUGAUGGAGCUGAACAGCUGUAGCUGUAGAGUCCUUGUAAGGAAUCGUCUAGUACAAGACCUUGUGUGUGUGGUAUUCAUUAGUGGAAAUACUUGAGGCUUCCUUCUGACCCAAGUUUACAUUCCUGGUAUUUGCUUCUGAACUGUGAAAUGCAGAGAUAAGCUAUGGUUUGAGAUGGGAAUAAAAGAAAAAGGUAAACUGAUAAAACUGCCCUCAUGUCCAUUUCUCAGGUAAAAUUAGAAAUAUAGCACAAAUGCAUUUGGUAGGCUAUGGACAAUCUCUCAGAUGAAGGGCAAAUGGCUUAACUAUUUAUAUGGAAUAUGCAUAUCAGCGUCUCUUAGCUAAUCAUUUGUGUCACCUUGAAUGUUCCUAGUGAAGUAUACAAGACUGAAUACCAAGGUGUGGUCUCCUAUUAGCAAAAAGAUGCAGACAUACCUCCAUUUGUAAUCCAUAAUUUAAUUCUUGAAAAGUAUAUUUUUAUUUUGUUAAUAACAAGUGAUUUUCCUAAGGGUACAUCUGCCAAAUACAAAAGCAGUGCCUCCUGCACUGGUGGGAUCAGCCUGCUGUAUCCCACUGAGAAUAAUUUACGAUGCCAUCCUGCUUAUAUAAUUUAGAGUAGAAUCCUGCAGAAGUGUAGAUAGAGAAAGCAUAUUCAAGUUCUAAAUAACACUCAUGUUUUGAAUUCAGGAAUAGUCAUUGAAUAAAUGAUUCAAGCUCCGUAUUUGAUUUUUCUUUAGUGUAUAGUUAAUGGAAAAAAUGUCUUAUUAAAGUAUACUUAAGUUUUGUAGAUGAAGCAUAAAUGUUAUUGUAUAUGUGCUAAUUGUGGCAGAGUUUUACAUUCUCAUUCUAGUCUGGUUUUUACAAUAAAAUUAAUUUUACAAAAACCACUUUUCUAUUUUUAUGUACUGACAUAUGCAAUAAAUUGAUACAUUAAAAGUGC